AUGGCUGUGGCUAUGGCUUCUUGCAGUCUUGGGGUUAACUUGAAUAGUAACUGUAGUUUGAAAAAACCCCUUGCAAUUCCAUUACAAACUGGGGCUAUAGUAGAAGGGUCCUUUGGGUUUGGUUCUAAAAGCUUCUGCAUUGUUCAGAAGGGAAGAUUGUUAUCUUCAUCAACUUCAACUACUCCACGAGCCUCUUCUGCUACAGCUGUGGAGGGUGGUAAACCUGAUGGAAGUAAAAGUGAAACUGACAAGAUCCCAAUUCCCAAAGUUAUUAUUGAUCAAGACUCUGACCCAAAUGCAACUGUGGUGGAGAUAACAUUUGGAGACCGGCUGGGAGCUCUUCUUGAUACUAUGAGUGCGCUUAGGAACCUUGGCCUGAAUGUUGUCAAGGCCAAUGUCUAUUUGGAUUCUUCUGGAAAGCACAACAAGUUUGCCAUCACCAGAGCUGAUACUGGUAGGAAAGUAGAAAAUCCAGAAUUGCUUGAGGCUAUUCGUUUGACAAUUAUAAAUAAUCUGAUAGAGUAUCAUCCGGAAUCAAGUUCCCAGUUAGCGAUGGGAGCAGCGUUUGGAAUUGUUCCGCCACCAGAAAAGGUUGAUGUGGAUGUAGCAACCCACAUAAGCAUCAGUGAUGAUGGCCCCAACCGAAGUUUGCUUUCUGUGGAAUCAGCUGAUCGCCCUGGAUUACUGGUGGAUCUUGUAAAGACUAUAACUGACAUUGAUGUUGCUGUAGAAUCAGGAGAAUUCGACACUGAGGGGUUGUUGGCCAAGGCAAAGUUUCACGUUAGCUACAGGGGUAAACCUCUCAUCAAGCCUCUCCAGCAGGUUCUUGCUAACAGCUUGCGGUAUUACUUGAGGCGACCAACGACUGAGGAGGGGAGUUUUUGA